CAGGACCUUCGGGUGGCGCGGGAAAUGAACAGAGUGAGGACUACAUGCAGCUGCAGGUCCUGCAUUGUUCAGUGCAGAGCAGUAGCAACGUUUGUCUGUGUGUCUCUGUUUUCUGGGACGAUUUGAAAAGAAAAAUGCCCUCCACACGCUCCAAGACUCUGGCAUCCCAGCCUCUGUCGAAAAGGAUGAGUUUGAGGAGUUUCCGCAGCAACCCCCUGGUUCCCAUGGAGACGUCCUCGUCCUCUGAUGACAGCUGUGAUAGCUUUGGCUCUGAUGGAGGCUUCGCAAAUACGAGGAGAUGCUUGAGGCCAGCAAGGCGGAUGUCGGAGAAGCCAAAGGUGUUUGAGGCAUCUUCAGAGGAGGACACAUGCAGCGGGUUUGAGAACGUUAUCAACACUCAGAUGAAAGCCAUGAAAGUGGACACUGAAACUCCAAAACGUGGCCGCAGGUCUAAUAUCCUUAAAGUGGCCAUGACGUUUCCAUCCAAAAAGAUCGGCAAGAAGAGACCUGCAUCUGAACCGCUCCCUCAGGUUAAAGCAAAGGACAUGGACUCUGAGGAGGAAGAAAACUUCAUGCACAAGAGAGCCCUGAAUAUUAAGGAGAACAAAGAAAUGCUGGCAAAGCUCAUGGCUGAGCUGAACAAAGUACCCGGUCUGCUUCCAAGACGAAUGGCUUUGUCUGCUUCCACUACGCCCCGCCAGGCACCUCGGCGCUCCAUGGGAACUCCAGGAGUGCGAAGGAGGAACCCUGAGCGCUCGUCUCGUCCCCACACCAGGUCUCGCACACUGGUGGAUGGACCCCCGAGCCCGGCUCCAGAGGAGGAGCCUGAAGACAAGUUCAGCCUGGUUCGCAAGGGCCGCUACUAUGAAGAGGACGACGAGCCUCCCCGUCGCCGUUCCUUUAAUGGCACCAAGGCCAUCCCACAUGUCGUGCGACCUGUUGAAGAUAUCACUGAGACAGAGCUGCAGAGGAUUUGUGACAACGUGCGGGAGAAAGUCUACAACAGCUCCACCGGAUCCACUUGCCAUCAGUGCCGCCAGAAAACAACCGACACCAAAACCAACUGCCGUAACCCUGAGUGUGUUGGAGUGAGGGGUCAGUUCUGCGGCCCCUGUCUCCGUAACCGAUACGGAGAGGAGGUCCGAGACGCUCUGCUGGAUGCUGAGUGGCAGUGCCCGCCAUGCAGAGGGAUCUGUAACUGCAGCUUCUGUAGGGCCAGAGACGGUCGCUGUGCCACCGGAGUGUUGGUUUACCUGGCUAAAUAUCAUGGCUUUGAUAAUGUGCACGCCUACCUGAAGAGCUUGAAAAAGGAGCUGGAAGAGAGCAGCGAAUAAAAGAGGAAGGACAGGGCACAUCCUGGACCUUACCAACCAUCACGUUACACAAACUGUUCAUUGUGUUUGAGGCGUUGUGAAGCAGUGCUUAGAGUUCCUGUUUGGGGAAUUUUAAAUACUUUUUGUAAGUAUUGAUUUACAUCUGGAGGAAUCUCCAAAAGCCAGUUCUCUCUGGCCAUGAGCUUGAAUCAUUUUUAUUCCUCCACAUAUCCCUCUGCCUUCUCAACCUUUUAAAGGCUUUAUGUGUUUUUUUGAUCCAGCAGAUGUUGCCCUUGAGCACCAGCAUGAAACCAAAACAACUUGCGCUGCAUUGUUGUGUUAGCAUGCUAAUGCUAGCGAUCUUUAUCAUGCUCGUAUCUUUCACGGCAUGUAAAUUUACCUGAAAUGAGCGUGAUCUAGAAACACAGUUAAGCAGUGAGUACAGUAUGUUAUUCUUCUUUUCUCUAGUCCCUCAAUUAAACAACUUUUAUACACGAGGGGAGGAGUCAGCCGGCCGUCCGGACGAUGUAAACAAACUGAAGAUAGGACUCUGAAAACUCUGAAAACAUCACAGACAGUGGGACUCGGGUGUUACACCCAUUGUAGACAGUCAUGACUCACAGAGUUAUUUUCAGAGGAUAUACUUGAUUUAUAUUACAUUUAAGUGUGAAAAAUCAUAAAGCCUUUAAAGACUGAAAGCAAAAUGUAUUUCAGGGCCAUUUUUUAAACAUUCCAUAUGUUCACUUGUUAAACGUCUCUUUGAUCUUUAAUAUGAAGAUUGAGCAAAAUCUUCCUACCUUUAAAAAAAAUCUGAUCUGUAUUUUACAUUGUUUUAAAUGUAUAGAUUUUAUACAGGCCUGCUUAUUUCCUGUAAUUCAUUACAGGAAAUGAAUUACUCCACCAAGUGAUACAUUUUUGUGCCUUUUUCUGAAAAAGUAUGCUCUGCUGCAAAUUGAUGCUUCAGCUGUAAAUUUAUGCUUGUGUUUUUACAAGAUGUCCAAUGUAAAUAUUAAACAACAACAAAAUGAUGAGUGUUAGUUGGCAUGUCCCGUAGAAGCAGCCCGGUGCUCUUCAUGCCGCUGAGGUGAUGGAGGUGGAAAGGGCACAGACCGGGGUCCACUGCCUCUCUCUUUAAAGCCGUGUAGAACUGUGUGAUAUACUACAGGCUCUGGUUAAAUAUCCUUCAUUAGAUAACUGUCACUAAUGGUGUGGAAACAAUUAGCACACUCUAAUGGGAAUCUCAUACCUGUAAAUCAUUUGAUCCUGUUAAGGCACAUUCUCGCUCUGCUGCAGUCUCUUUGGCUCAUUUUCUGCUGUACUCAGUUUUAAGUAGGAAUGGUUGAAGGUGCCGCUGAAUUGGCUAGAGUUAUGGCCUGCAUUUUUUUUCUUCAAGUGUAAUACUCUACGCGAUUGACAUGGAAUUAACCUUUGUGUCGCGUCUCUGAAAUGUUCUUCACUGGACCCGCAUGAUACAUGUUGAAAGUAAUCAACAGUUGAGGUUUUUCUCCACCAUGAUGGCAGGUUGAGGUUAUGUAACCAUCAGAUACUGCAGUCUGACCUCUUGAUGGAUUCAUUUGGUGUGUUAAAGCUUGCUUUGUGUUUACAGUACAUUUUCAUUAAAGCGUUAAUCACUACA